UUUCUCUCAAAAUUUCUUGAAUUGAAUCCUUUUCUCGUAUUUGUUCCUUCUCCAGAAAAUCAGUGACAGGAUAAAACCAUUUGUUUCGAUUUAAACGCUUUAAAGAUUCUUGGUUUUCUGAUAUAGAUUUUCUUUUCUUGGGACUUCUUUGUUUUCCGCGAUUCUGUGGGAAAGUGAGAAGUUUUUUUUCUGGGAUAGAAGAUGAGUAACCCAUCUGCAGGAGCCUCUUCAAAAUCAAAAGUCGGUUCUUCACAACCUUCAGAAACCUCUUUCAAGCGCAAAAGAGGAGUGUUUCAAAAAGAUUUGCAGCAUAUGAUGUAUGGUUUUGGAGAUGAUCCUAAUCCACUUCCGGAGACUGUGGCCCUUGUGGAGGAUAUUGUGGUGGAAUAUGUAACAGAUAUGGCACAUAAAGCUCAAGAUAUUGGAUCAAAGAGAGGAAAGCUAUCGGUCGAGGAUUUUCUAUAUCUCAUUCGCAAGGACUUGCCGAAACUAAAUCGUUGUACUGAAUUGCUAUCAAUGCAAGAAGAGCUGAAGCAAGCAAGGAAGGCAUUUGAGGUUGAUGAAGAAAAACUGGGUACAUUAGAGUAGCCUUUAUUUUCUACUUCUGGCCUGGGUCAAGGCUCUACUGCAUUUAGCAAUGUAAGAAAUGCUUAUAUACUGUUUUUGUUAGAAGCUGGAACAAUAUGAUACUAUUGCUGUAUAUCUCAGAUACUGUGUGUAUUGAAAAUCUAUGUUGUUUGUA